UCGACGACCAAAUCAAGUCAAAUCAGCGGUUACACUUGCAUGAAAGAUCAGUCUCGUACAAGCUGUUAAGGCGAUAAGUCGUUCGUAAAUUAUUCGCAAACGAUUAUGUCAUCGUUAUCGCCUUCUGAGGCGCAGAAAGAUGUGCCUGGUAUUAGCAAUAGCGAUACUAAUGUGGAUAACUUUAAUAACGAAAAUGUUCGCGAGAAAUUCCUCUGUAUUAAACCGGAAGGGAAAGUAUUAGUGUUGUACACAGGUGGUACGAUAGGAAUGCUGAGAAACAAGGAAGGAGUGCUAAGGCCAGUGAUCGAUGAAUUUAUCACGGCUUUAAGGAACUUUCCGCAGUUACAUGAUAGCGAGUAUGCCUCUCGAAAUUAUAGUCAAUUAGGAGAAUCACACUUAGUACUUCCCGAAACCGCAGCCGACAACCGUCGGGUCAUUUACAAGAUAUCAAAGUUCUCAAAUGUGUGCGACUCUAGUAAUAUAACUAUGGAUGAUUGGAUUCAUAUUGCUAAGUAUAUCAAGAAAUGUUACGACAAUUAUGAUGGAUUUGUAAUCCUUCACGGUACUGACACACUGGGCUACACAGCAUCCGCUUUGUCCUUCAUGUUUGAGGAUUUAGGCAAGCCGGUCAUUCUAACCGGUUCGCAGAUGCCAAUUUUCCAUCCAAGGAGCGAUGGUCUAGAUAAUUUCUUGGCAUCGCUGGUGAUCGCAGCGAGUUAUAACAUACCUGAGGUAUGCGUUUUCUUCGGGACGAACCUAAUGCGCGGCAAUCGGACGAGCAAAAUAUCCGCUUGCUCUUUUGACGCUUUCCAAUCACCGAACUGCUUACCUCUGGCUACGGCGCACAUCAAGAUUAAAGUUGAGUACGGCUCGUUUUUCCGACCAUGCACCUUGCAGAAGUUCGAUGUGCACACAUCUCUUAAUCAAAAUGUGGGUCUGCUUCGACUGUUUCCCGGGAUCACGUACAAACUGGUUAAAGCGUUCCUGCAGCCACCCAUCGAGGGGGUCGUGUUGCAAUCUUACGGUUCAGGAAAUAUCCCGACAAAUCGCAGAGAUAUCAUCAAUGUGCUUGCCGAAGCAGCGGCGCGUGGUGUGAUUAUCGUAAAUAUUACGCAAUGUAUGACUGGAUCCGUUUCGGAUGUAUACGAAGCUGGGAAACUGCUCCGGGAAGCCGGAGUGACGUCGGGCUUCGAUAUGACUCCGGAGGCUGCGUUGACGAAACUCGCGUACGUUUUAUCGAAAAGCGAGUGGGACACGGAAACCAAGCGACUAAUGAUGGAAACUAAUUUACGGGGUGAACUGACAUCCGGCCGAUUGCCCAACACCAGGGAUUACGACUUACUGAAGGCUGUGGAGCAAUCUCUGAGAUUAUCUUCGACAGAAGGUUUUCAGGACGUGAAAUCGUAUUUGCUGCCAGCUAUGAUGAACGACGCAGCGAUCAAGCGCGACAUCACGAAACUCAAGCAGUUAAAAGAAUACAAUGCAGAUAUGACGCAAGGGGACGCAGAUGGCCGAACAGCUUUGCAUAUAGCUUGCUGCGGAGGAAAUAUAGGAAUCGUUCGCUAUCUUUUAACGGUCGGCGCAAAUGUCCAUGCUAAAGAUCGAUUUGACCGUACGCCUCUCAUCGAUGCGAUCGAAAACGAUCAUCACGAAAUCAUUUCGAUGCUGCGAACGUGCGGCGCGCAUCUUCACUGGGAACCUCGGCUAAUAGGAGAAAAAAUGUGCGCGGCUACUGUCAUGGGGGAUAUCAAACGUUUGCAAUCGUACCGUCUAGCUGGCGCCGACAUAUCGCAAGCGAAUUUCUCUGGACAAACAGCAUUACAUUUCGCGAGUCUUCACCGUCGUACGGAAACGAUUAAGUACCUGCUGGAAUACGGUGCCGAUCCACGCUGCGCUGACAUGCUAGGACAAAUCCCGGCAGAUCUAGCGAAGAUCUCUCCAACGCGUCCCAAGCGAAUGAGCGAGCAGAGUAAAGAGCAGAGCAAAACGGAGUUAUUGACGCUGUUAGAUCUUUAAUCUUCCAUGACCAUUAGCGUUUUAAGUCUACUCGAAGAGAUUAUGUUCACACAUGAAGAAACAUAAUUUUCCUGUCGCAGUAAAUUAAGCAAAACAAUAUAUAUUUUGUAACGAUGAGAAGGAAAUCUCAUCUCGUCAUUAACAUAAACUAGUUCUACGAAUCACCUGACAUUGUAAGAAAAUA